GGAAACAGCAGCAGAAACAGCAGCAGUACCCGCGUCUCCGCCGCGGAGCUGCGUGAAUGAGCCCCGGUUGUCCCCCGGGGGAGGUUUGAGGACGCGGACAUGGAGCUCUACUCCCAGCGUGCCCGUGUUUGGCUCCCCGAUGCCGUGGAGGUGUGGCGGUCAGCAGAGCUGCUGCAGGACUACCGUCCCGGGGACACCAGGCUGUCUCUGCAGCUGGAGGAUGGCACGAAUGUGGAACACAAAGUAGAGCAGGCCAGCAGCCUGCCGCCGCUCAGGAACCCCGACAUCCUGGUGGGGGAGAAUGACCUCACGGCCCUCAGCUACCUCCACGAGCCCGCCGUGCUCCACAACCUUAAAGUGCGCUUUAUCGACUCCAAGCUGAUUUACACGUACUGUGGGAUCGUCCUGGUGGCCAUCAACCCUUACGAGAGGGUGCCCAUCUACGAACCCGACAUCAUCAAUGCCUACAGCGGGCAAAACAUGGGGGAUAUGGAUCCCCACAUCUUCGCCGUAGCUGAGGAAGCAUACAAGCAGAUGUCCAGAGAUCAGAGAAAUCAGUCCAUCAUCAUAAGUGGGGAAUCUGGAGCCGGAAAAACCGUCUCCGCCAAGUACGCCAUGCGUUACUUUGCCACGGUCAGCUGCUCGUCGGGGGGGGCCAGCAUCGAGGAGCAGGUUCUGGCCUCCAGCCCCAUCAUGGAGGCCUUUGGGAAUGCCAAGACUACGAGGAACGACAACAGCAGUCGCUUCGGGAAGUACAUCGAGAUCGGCUUUGACAAGAAGGACUGUAUAAUCGGGGCCAACAUGCGGACCUACCUACUGGAAAAGUCUCGAGUUGUGUUUCAGGCUCACGGAGAAAGGAACUACCACAUAUUCUACCAACUGUGCGCCUCCUCUCAUCUACCAGAGUUCAAAGCCUUCAGAUUAGGGUGUGCAGAUGACUUCCAUGGCACUAACCAGGGUCAGAGUCCGGUCAUCGCUGGAGUCGACGACGCCAAGGAGCUGUGCAGCACCAGGCGGGCGUUCUCACUCCUCGGGAUUUGUGAGACGAGUCAAAUGGACAUUUACCAAAUUCUGUCGGCUCUUCUCCAUCUCAGCAAUGUGGAGGUGAAAGAAAUGUCAUCUGACAAAUGCAGCAUCUCGCCGGACGAUGCCCACCUGAUGGUGUUCUGCCAGCUGAUGGGGGUGCCUUGUGAAGAAAUGGCCCACUGGUUUUGUCACCGGAAACUCAAGACCACGACAGAAACCUUUGUUAAGUCCGUCCCCAAGAGUGGUGCGGUCCACGGCCGAGAUGCCCUCGCCAAACACGUCUAUGCCCGACUGUUCGGCUGGAUCGUGGACGGCAUUAACAAGGCCUUAACGUCUGCAGGGACACAGCGCUCCUUCAUCGGCGUGCUUGACAUUUACGGGUUUGAGACGUUUGACGUGAACAGCUUUGAGCAGUUUUGCAUCAACUAUGCUAAUGAGAAGCUUCAGCAGCAGUUCAACCAGCACGUCUUUAAACUGGAGCAGGAAGAGUACAUGAAAGAGGAGAUCCCUUGGACGCUGAUCGACUUCUAUGACAACCAGCCCUGCAUCAACCUAAUUGAGGCCCGGCUGGGCGUUCUGGACCUUCUAGACGAGGAGUGCAGGAUGCCCAAAGGCUCUGACGACACGUGGGCCCAGAAAAUGUACAACACCCUCCUGAAGCAGAGCGCUGGCUUUGACAAGCCCAGGUGGUCCAACAGCGCCUUCAUCAUCCACCACUUUGCUGACAAGGUGGAGUACCAGUGCGUGGGCUUCCUGGAGAAAAACAAGGACACAGUCAACGAGGAGCAGAUACAUGUGCUGAAGAAAAGCAAGUUUGACCUGCUGCUGAAGCUGUUUGAGGAUGAUAGUAAGGCGACGGGAUCCGCUAGAAAACAGCCCAGCAUCCCUGGAAGAGCUGGGAAAGCCCAGAGGGACAACAAGAGGACAGUUGGACUGCAGUUUCGACAGUCUCUGCAUCUGUUGAUGGACACCCUGAAUGCUACAACGCCCCACUACGUGCGCUGCAUUAAACCCAACGACAGUAAAACCCCUUUCUACCUGGAUCCCGUCAGGACGGUGCAGCAGCUCCGGGCAUGCGGCAUCCUUGAAACAAUCCGGAUCUCAGCGGCAGGCUUUCCCUCCAGAUGGAGCUAUCAGGAGUUCUACAGCCGCUACCGGGUCCUCAUGAAGCUGAAGGACGCCCUUCCCGACAGAAGACAAGCCUGCAAAAAUCUCCUCGAAAAGCUAGUGAAAGACCAGGAAAAGUACCAGUGCGGCAAAAGCAAGAUCUUCUUCAGGGCCGGCCAGGUGGCGUACCUGGAGAAGCUCCGUUCAGACAAGCUCCGCUCGGCGUGCGUCUCCAUUCAGAAGACCAUUCGCUGCUGGGUCGCCCGCAGGAAGUACCUCCGGAUGAGAGAGUCGGCCGUCACCAUUCAGAAGCAUGUACGCGCUCACCAAGCACGCAGCUACACCAAAUUCCUGCGGUGGACCAGAGCAGCGGUCGUCAUCCAGCGUCAUGUGAGAAAGUGGGCUUGUAGGAGACGCUACCUGCGGCAGCGCUCUGCAGCCGUCGCCAUCCAGAGCCUCUGGAGGGCGCGCACGGCGAGACGGCAGUACUAUAAGCUGGUGUAUGAGCAGAAGGCGGUGGUCGUCCAGAAGUGGGCGAGACGCUGGCUGGCCAGGCAGCGCUACAGACGCGCCCUCGCCGCCGUCACCCUGCUGCAGAGCUGCGUGCGGCGCGUCCUGGCCAAGAGGGAACUGAAGAAGCUGAAGGCGGAGGCGCGCUCCGUGGAGCACUUCAAGAAGCUCAACGUCGGCAUGGAGAACAAGAUCCUGCAGUUGCAGCACAAGAUAAAUGAGCAGCACAGAGAAAACAGAGAGCUCAGUGAGCGGCUGGCUGCUCAGGAGAAGACGCACUCCUCCGAGAGAGACGGUCACAGCAGGGAGACAGAAAAGCUGCGUAACUCGGAGCACGAGGCCCGGGCCAGAGCAGAGAGGGUUCCUUCCCUGCUGGAGCAGCUCUCCGUCCUCCAGCACCAGCUGGACACCGUCCGCAGGGAGAGGGACGACCUGGAGGAGCAGACCAAGCUCUACAGGGAGCAGACGCAGCAGGUGGUGGAUGAGCUCAACACGAAGAACAGCCAGUUGAAGAGCAACGUGGACCAACUGAACGAGGACCUUCUCAGACGAGCUCGACAGGCGACAGAGUUUAACUUCGACAACAACCAACAACUGGAGAAGAACUUGACCGAGGAGCGUUCCCGCUACCAGAGUCUGCUGGGAGAGCACCUGGACCUGGAGGACCAGCACCGCCGCCUGCAGGAGGAGAUGGACCUCAGCGCCGUGGAGCAGAAAUCCAGCAACUCCAGUCACAAGAGAACCGACUCCAGCUACAGCAGCAACUCAUCGGACUUCUCUGAGAGCUCGGCCUUCUCCGACGGUGAAGACGGCUCCGCCCAGAGUCAGGAUAAGACCCCGGCGACGGUGGACCUGCCAGUUCUCCUCAAGCUCCAGAGGAGGGUGAAGGAGCUGGAGCAGGAAAAGCAGUCACUAUGGCAACAGCUGGACACAAGAGAGGAAUCUCAACAAGAAAAGGCAAAAGAGGCUGAGAAGCAGAAAAGUGUUGGUAGAACAGAGCUGGACUUGGAGACGCUGAAGCGACGAGAGCUGGAAUCUGAGAACAAGAAACUGAAGCAGGAUCUAAACGAGCUGCGGACGUCUCUGACGAACGAGAGCAGCGCCGCGGCGCCGCCGGCGCCCGGUUCUCUGCCCUACGACGUUCUGCUGGAACAGCUGACCUCCUCCAACGAGGAGCUGGAGAUGCGGAAGGAGGAAGUGCUGCUCCUGCGCUCACACAUGGUUCGCCAGGAGGCCCUCAAACACAAGGACUCUGUACUUGGAGAAGGUGUUAACUUAGAAAUGAGCGACGUCCCGUCCUUUAAAGACGUUGACAGAUCCACGGACAUCCACACGCUAAACGAGGACGGAGAGCUGUGGCUGGCUUACGAGGGGCUGAAGGAGACCAACAGGCUGCUGGAGUGCCAGAUGCAGGAGCAGGAAGGGAUUCAUAAUGAGCGGUACCUGCAGCUCCUUGACGAGGUGAACAAGCUGAAGAGUGAAAAGGACCAACAGCAGAGACUCCUGGCUCAGAGCCUCCUCUUGCCCGAAGAUGCUCGAAUAGAUGCGAGUUUGAACCAUGAGAUCACGCGGCUCACCUCCGAGAACCUGGUGGGUCUGAACUUUAGAGCGGUCCCGUUUUUACACGGCACUGUUAGUACUUUCUGUAGUACUUUUAGUACUAACCCAGCGCAGGGUCUGUAUUCAUGUCUUUUGCUUGUGUCAUUUCAGGAGCGAAUGGAGCAACAAGAAAAACAAGACAAAAGCAUACGCAAGCUGAAAAAGCAACUUAAAUCCUACAUGAGAAAAGUGGAAGAGUUUGAGGCUAACGCUCAGCAAACAAACCCUCCCCCUGUGAUGAGCGCUCCCGUCCGAGUGGUGAACAUCACCCGCAAGGAGAAGGAGUACCAGGGCAUGCUGGAGUACAAGGAGGGCGAGGCCGCCCGCCUGCUCAAGAACCUGGUCAUAGACCUGAAGCCUCGCGGCGUCGCCGUCAGCUUCCUCCCGGGGCUCCCGGCCUACAUCAUCUUCAUGUGCCUGCGGUACGCAGACUAUGUCAGCGACGACAAGAGAGUCAGCACUCUGCUCAACUCCACCAUCAGCAGCAUUAAAGGGGUCAUCAAGAGGAGGGGGGAUGACUUUGAAGCGGCGUCGUUCUGGCUGGCCAACACGUGCCGUUUGAUGAACUGUCUGAAGCAGUACAGCGGAGAUGAGGCCUUCACGGUGCACAACACCCCGAAGCAGAACGAGCAGUGCCUGACUAACUUUGAACUGUCGGAGUAUCAUCAGCUGUUUGGAGAUCUGGCCAUCCAGAUUUACCGUCAGAUGAUCAAAUGCAUGGAGAACAACUUGCAGCCCCUCAUAGUGGCGGGCAUGCUGGAGCAUGAGGCGAUACAAGGGGUCCUCGGCUCCAAACCAACCGGCCUGAGGAAGAGAAGCAGCAGCUUGUUCGGGGCGGAGGCUGUGACGGUGGAGGUGCUCCUGGAGCGCCUCAGCUUCUUCCACACCGCCAUGAGUCAGCACGGGAUGGGUGCAGACCUCAUCAAGCAGGUCGUCAAGCAGCAGUUUUACAUCAUCUGCGCGGUCGCACUCAACCACCUGCUGCUGCGGAAGGACAUGUGCUCGUGGAGCAAAGGCCUGCACAUCAGGUACAACGUUUGGCAGCUGGAGGAGUGGUUGGCGGAGAGGGAUCUGACAGACUGCGGUGCCAAGGAGACGCUGGAGCCCCUCGUUCAGGCUGCACAGCUCCUCCAGAUCAAUAAGAAGACCGACGCAGAUGCCAGAGCCAUCUGCGAGAUGUGCACGGCCCUCACCACGGCCCAGAUUGUCAAAGUCCUGACCCUGUACACCCCCGUGAUCGAGUUUGAGGAGCGGGUGACGACUGCCUUCAUUACAACUCUCAAAACUUUUCUGAAAGACAGGGACGAGCCUUCGUCCUUGAUGAUGGACGUCAAGAGAAUCUUCUCCGUCACCUUCCCCUUCACCCCGUCGUCUGUUGCCUUGGAGACAGUUCAGAUCCCAACCAGCCUUAACGUGGGCUUCCUCAACCGCGUCUAGACAUGACACUUGUGGUCUAGCUCCUGUUUACAUGAGGAGAGAAAAACAACAACAAAAUUAUACAAGAUUCCAUAUUUAUGUUGUUUACAUGCAUGUGCAUAUCAGGUUUGUGAAAUUUAAACCAAAGAAUAACAGUUUAAACCAAAAAGAAGGUGAUCUCUUGCACACUAUAAACUUGUUCCGGCGCCCGGUGUUGCUGAUGCUGGUGUGAACGGUGGCUCAUUUUAUGUAUAAAGUAUUUGAUUGAUGAUAUCUAAACCCAGGCAAGGAAAGUUUGAGUUUUACAUGUUGUGUCGGAUUUUUGGAAUAUAAUUAUUUUCUAGAUAUUAUGAAUUUUGGGGGUUUUCAUGACCAGAUUUUUAAAAAGAGGAAAGAGGAAGACUUAAAAGUAACUUUCAAUUCGCACCCAUUUAAAUGUCACAGAUGUCUGUAUUAUUUGACUAUAUAUAUAUAUAUAACUAUAUUUCUAUUAUGAGUAAUGUUAUACCAAAGGUAUUUCUGCCGGGACAAAGCUGGAGCAACCAAAGAAUAAUUUAUUUAUACAUCUAUUUAACAUGUCUUAAUGUUGUCAGGCUUUCCUUUAAGGUGGUUUUAUUGCCUUAUAAAUUCUGCACUUUUCUUACCGCUUAACAGUGGGGGCAGCGGGAACCUUUAUUCCUAAAUAAAACAACAACAAAACAAAAACAUUGCACACAACAGUAAACCUGAAUUAUCUGGACUUCAUUCAACACCUUGUUUAAGACCUUUUAAAUGUAUCCUGAUUCAGAAAUGUACAUCUUAGCUGGUUUGCAAAUGUUUAACAUAAAAAGGCCUGCAGUCUCAUAACUGGUUAACCGGUAACCUUGGAAACGAGGAAUGUGUUAAUGUGUUUCCUUAUAAAAUGUUUUCUCUGAAGUCAGAGUUCAGCACUCCUCUGUUUCUCACUUAUGUUGUUCUAUUUUGGAUAAUUUUUUUGUUCAUAUUAUGUCAG